AUUAUAGAUGGUGUAAUGUAAACUAAUCUUCACUCCAAAACAUCUGCGUAGAAAACAGGACUUUUUUAUUUUUAUUUUUUAAUUUCUAUAAUAUAUUUAUUAAAUAAAAUAAAUAAAAAGAAAAAACAGGUGCAACCAAAAUGAAGCAUCACAACAGCAAACCUCCCACCUUCCACCCAACUCAAAAUCCAAAUCUCUCCCAACACUAACCCCACCCCCGCAAAAUCUGCAGCAGAUUCCCAACUCAACCUGAAUCCUAUUUUCCCCCAAUUUGAUGGGAAGAUGAAGAAGUUGAAGAAAUACUAUCUCCAGCUCAAACACCCCCACAAAAUGGAGCGGAAAUGGAUCUUCCCUCUCGCCAUUGGCGCCCUCGUCUCCCUCUUCCUCCUCUUCCUCACCACCCUCACCUCCCCCGACGGCGUCCCUCUCUUCCCACUCCGCCGCUACUACUCCUCCUCCUCCGCCGCCGCCGCCUCCAUCUUCGUCGAGUCGCGCCUCAACCCCCUCCCGGUCCCCGACCUGCCGCCGCCGCCGCGCUUCGCCUACUUGAUUUCCGGCUCCGCCGGCGACGGCGCCAUGCUCCGCCGCACGCUGGAGGCGCUCUACCACCCCACUAAUCAGUACGUGGUGCACCUCGACGGCGAGAGCUCCGCCGAUGAGAGGCUUGAUCUGUACAAUUACGUAAUUGCCCAUCCCAUUUUUCGUAGAUUCAAAAAUGUUCGAAUGAUUACCAAGGCUAAUUUGGUAACUUACCGCGGGCCGACGAUGGUGGCCAACACGCUGCACGCGGCGGCGAUUCUGCUGCGGCAGGGUGGGGACUGGGACUGGUUCAUCAAUCUCAGUGCCUCGGAUUAUCCUCUGGUUACUCAAGACGAUCUGUUGCAUACGUUUUCAUUCUUGCCAAGGGAUCUCAAUUUCAUUGAUCACACAAGUAACAUUGGAUGGAAAGAGUUUCAGAGGGCGAAGCCGAUCAUCAUUGAUCCGGGGCUGUAUAUGACCAAGAAGACUGAUGUGUUUUGGAUCACACAGAGGAGAAGUGUGCCAACUGCUUUCAAGCUCUUUACAGGCUCUGCUUGGAUGGCACUCUCCCGACCUUUCAUCGACUACUGCAUAUGGGGAUGGGAUAACCUACCCCGAACAGUCCUCAUGUAUUACGCAAACUUCAUAUCUUCCCCAGAAGGCUACUUCCACACCGUCGUUUGCAAUGCGCCCCAAUUCAGCAAUACCACGGUGAACAGCGACCUUCACUUCAUAUCUUGGGACAACCCUCCCAAGCAGCACCCACACUACCUAACCGUUGAUGACAUGCAAAGAAUGAUCGAUAGUAAUGCCCCAUUUGCUAGGAAGUUCCAUCAUGAUGACCCGGUGCUGGACAGGAUCGACUCUGAACUUCUGCUCCGGGGCAAAGACAUGCUUGUCCCCGGCGGCUGGUGUGCAGGUAGUGGUGAAAACGGGACGGACCCUUGUUCUGUUGUGGGUAAUGUCACGGUUCUCAGACCGACUUCCGGUGCCAAAAGAUUGGAGAAACUUACGAGUUUCCUCUUAUCGGAUAAUAAUUUCCGCCCACGGCAGUGCAAAUAGCAAAAGCAGAUCUUCUCAAUGGCCAUUUUGUUUAUGGUGUCACAAAAUGUAGAUGGCAAGAUGGGAUAAAUAUUAUAUUUCAGUUAGGAGGAAAAUACUGCUCAGAGCUCGAUUUUCAGUUCUAAUUAGUAUUCAUCGCGAAGAAGUAGAGAAUGGCAGACCUUCAAUUGGCGGGCUUCUAUGAUGGUACGCUUUGUCCUGACCUUGAUUCUUGACCUUGAUGAUGACUCGUAGAUUUUGAGGUCCUUGCAGUUCCCUUUAUCAGCAACGGGCGCGAAGUACUAUUAGGGGCCCUUCUCGGUGUGGUGGAUCGUGGCAAGCGUACAACCUUUUCUUGUCGUGCUUCUUCCUGCAUUGCAUUCUCCCGGUACCAUUUUGCUUUCAUUUGAACAGUAUUAAGCAAUAUAUAUAUAAGAGUAAACGAGAGAUACGAGGUUUGGGAUCUUUGUUUGUUCGUAUGUUGUCUGUACGUGCCAUGUGUAUACCUUUUGAUAACAUUGCUCAAUGAUCAAAAUCUUCCUCUUCUUGCGGCCAUUUUUUUCUUUUAAUUUGUAGUUUGAGUUUAGUUUAAAUCCAUGUUGGCUGCAAUAUUUUUUUUCUUUGAAUGUAGUGUGCUACUAAUGAUUUAUGUAACGAUGAUUCCACUAUUUUUUUUCUGGACACGAAAUCGGAGUUGUACAAUUUACUUGCUUA